GCUUAAAUCACAAGAAAAGUUUGUAGCAGUGUAUAUAUGCAAGUUAGAGCAGCAGCCAUUGUUCUCAAAGCAAGUCACAAACAAGCCACGACGGGAUGGUCGUCGGCGAGAACGGAUGCCCAAACGCCUUCGCCAAGUACGAGGAGCUGGCGGCCUCCCUCCUGGGCCAAGGGAGCUUCCCGUACCGGAAGUACGACGGCUUCUGGUACCCGGAGAAUCUGAUGGCGCCGACGCUGGCCAUGCGGGACACGUUCGUCGCCCGACCGACCGAUGUCAUCCUCGCCUCCAUGCCCAAGUCCGGCAUAACGUGGCUCAAGGCGCUCGCUUUCUGCGUCGUGCACCGCGGCCGCCACGGGCUGGCCGACGCGCAGCACCCACUCCUCAUCUCCAGCCCCCACGAGCUGGUGCCGUUCCUGCACUCCCUCUACGAGAAUCACGGCUCAGCACCGCCCGGUCCGCUCCUCGAAGAUAUGCCGUCUCCGCGCGUCUUGGCCGUGCACACGCCGUUAUCGUCCUUGCCGGCGUCCGUGCAGGAGUCGGGGUGCCGCAUCGUCUACCUGUGUCGAGACCCCAAGGACGCAUUUGUCUCGCUCCAUCACUACCUCAACGAGAUCAAACCGGCAGUGUCCUCCGUGACACCGUUCGCCGAGGCGUUCGACCUGUACUGCGACGGUGUGACAGGGUUCGGGCCGGUGUGGGACCACAUGGCCGAGUAUUGGGAGAGCGUGGCGAGGCCGGAGGAGGUGAUGUUCCUCCGGUACGAGCACCUGAAGGAGGACGCCGUUGGGAGCGUGAGGCGGCUGGCGGAGUUCCUCGGCUGCCCGUUCACCGACGAGGAGGCGGCGAGAGGCGCCCCCGAGGCUGUCGUGGCGCUGUGCAGCAUGGAACGGAUGAGGAGCGUCGAGGCCAACCGGGACGGGAUGCACGGGACAGACAGUUGGUCGUUCAAGAACUCAGCCUUCUUCCGGAAGGGGGAGGUCGGGGACUGGAAAGCGCACAUGACGGCGGAAAUGGCGGGGAGGCUUGACGGCGUCGUGGAGGAGAAGCUGCGAGGAUCUGGGCUCUCUCUGACCCGCAACUGAAUCAACUGAUGGAGGUGACGCCUCGCGCCCGUGCGGAUCACCAACUACGUACGUGCAGGUCUUCAACUGUGCUCUGUUUCAGUGUCUCGCAACAAUUAAUUCUGUGCUUCUCUUGCUCCAGUUUGUAUUCAUGCAUGGGCUUGGCUCUGGUUUGCCUUAGCCCAGGACACGCUGUGGCUUCGUUGCCACGCGUGGACGUAGACGUGCCUAUGGUUCCUAGGUUUAAGCCUUCUUGGUCUGAGGCAGAAUAAAAAUUUCACAUCAUUUUAAGUUUGUAAUAUGUGAUGCACUUUGUCAGUAAUGAAAAUAAUA